AUGGAUGAAAAAUUAGAAAAAAACGAAAGACCAAAGGAGAAUAAAACACCCGCGCAGCCACAGGAUGAAAGUGUCGAUAUAAAUAUAAAUGAUUUCACACCCCUCAUUCCAGAUAUAGUUUUAGACCAUUUACUGGAGAGAAGCGGUAUCGAUUGUGCCGACAAAGAGACCAAGAAAGCAAUCUCUUUACUGGCACAGAAAUUCAUAACAGAUGUUGCAACCUCAUCGUUUCAAUUCCACAAAAUUCACCAAAAAGCGGCACAAAAAGAUAAGCGAUUUCCCAAAGAGAAGAAGCUCACGUUACACAUGAACGAUUUAGAAAAGGCGUUAGAGGAGUAUGGCAUCGAUGUUUCCAGACCGUCUUAUUUCAUGUAAAAGUAAAAUUUAUACAUUCUGUCCAUUAAUAUACCUAUUUGUGGAAAAGUCUUUCCGGUUUAGCACUUUGUUCGCAGAAAGCAUUCA